UUUGUCUCUUCCCUGCAGAAGCAGCCAUGGCUGCUGCAAAUCCAGCACAACAGCUCCUAGCUGAACUGACUUGUUCGGUGUGUCUGGAUUAUUUUCAAGAUCCAGUGGCUUUAGAUUGUGGGCACAAUUUCUGCCAGGCCUGCAUCAGUGUGUGGUGGGAGGGACUGAAGACAGACUUCUGCUGUCCUGAGUGCAGAGAAACCUUUUCCCAGAGAAACUUCAAACCAAACAGACAGCUAAGGAAUAUUGUAGAAGCUUCCAGAAAACUUACACUGGAGUCAGCAAAAGAACCAGAAGUUGAGAGAGUGUGUGAAAAACACAAAAGGGCUUUAGAUGUCUUCUGCCAAGAUGAUCAAAUACCCAUGUGUAUGGUUUGCCAUCUGUCCCGAGAUCACAAAGACCACACUGUGGUCCCCAUAGAGGAGGCUGCCGAGGAUUACAAGGACCAAGUUCGGAGCCAUUUGGAGAUUUUGAAGAAAGAGAGAGAGGAGAUUCGGUCAUUUAAAUUGAGUGGGGAAAGUAAAAGCCAGGAACUGCUGAAACAGCUACAAACUGAGAAGCAGAAGAUUGUGUCUGAAUUUCAGCAAUUGAGCCAGUUUCUGAAGGAACAAAAGCGACUCUGGCUGGCCCAGUUGGAAGAGCUGAAUAAGGAAAUUAAAAACAGGAGGACUGAGUAUGUUACCAAAUUAUCUGAGGAAAUAUCUUCUAUCAGUUCCCUGAUCCGGGAGAUGGAGCAGAAGUGCCAGCAGCCAGUGAGAGAAUUCCUGCAGGACAUCAAAGGCACCGUGAGCAGAUGCAAGAGGGAGAAGUUUGAGAACCCAGUGGCCUUUUCUUCUGACCUGAAAUGGAGAAUCUGGGACUCUUCUCAAAACUCUGCAGUUCUGGUGACCAUAGUGAAGAAAUUCAAAGACUCACUGUCGUCUAGACAGCAGUUGGACAUAGUGAACAUGACUCUGGAUCCAGACACGGCCCAUCCCGACCUCACCGUGUCUGCAGAUCAGAAAACUGUGAGAUUGGGAUGCACACGGCAGGCUCUGCCCGACAACCCCGAGAGAUUUGACACUGCGCCCUGUGUGCUGGGCUUUGAGGGAUUCACCUCCGGCAGACAUUCCUGGGAGGUGGAGGUGGAGGAGAUGGGAGUCUGUGCUGUGGGGGUGGCCAGAGAGUCUGUGAGCAGGAAGGGAGGGAUCCAGGUUAACCCUGAGCAGGGGAUCUGGGCUGUGGAGGGCUGGGGGGAUCAGUACUGGGCUCUCAUGUCUGCUGAGCAGCGCAUCCGCUUGUCCCUGAGCCAGGCACCCCGCAGGAUCCGGGUGUAUCUGGACUAUGAACGGGGGCAGGUGAUGUUUUUCGAUGCUGGUCACAGGGACCCGAUCUUCACUUUCCCGCCGGCCUCUUUCGCCGGGGAGAGAAUCCGCCCGUUCUUCCAGGCUGGUGUUAGUGUCCCGGUCUUUGGGGUUCUUGGUACUGUGCGGCUCACACUGUGUCCCUGAAGUGCCAGGUCUGUUCCCAUGAAACAGGCUCCUCUAGC